CAGAAGACAUGCGAGUCCUCACAUCUAGUUUAGUUUCCCUGUGACAAAUUCCUUUUCGGCGGGGGUCAUUGAAAACGAGUGACGUCACGGAGUCUGUGCGCCUGCGCGCCGCCAUUGAUGGUCACGUGACCCUAGAGCUUGUGUGAGCGCAUUUUCUUAGCACUUGUAUAUACAAAGUGUACAUAAAUUAGCUUGUUAAGAUGAGCUCCGGAGGCAGAGGCAGCCGGGGCAACAAAGGUUCGCGGAUAAGUGGCGAUCGCAGCGGUGGUGGCGGCAACAACGCCACCACACAGCAGCAACAACAACAACAGCAGACGACACCCUUACAGCCACAGAAGAUGGAUAGCCAGACAACAGACAAAAGCAAGGGAGGGGACGCAGUGCCUCACAAGAUCGCCCCCACAGCUGAGCAGCUUCGCAUUGCUCAGAUGAUUGACAAUGCACGCACUGAACCAGAGAAGCUGCUCCAGGAGAAGAUCAACCAGGUGAUGCAAUUCACCAGUGUGACUUCUGAUGAUGCAAUGGUUGCCCUACACGACUGUGAUAACGACGUGAAUGCUGCCAUAGACCUGCUGCUGGAGGGGGACGACCAAGGCAAGUGGCAGGAGUCCACCAAGAAGAAAAAGAAACCGGUGACUGGCAAGGCCACUGAGACUGAGAGCAACAAGGAGAACCGGAGGGUCAACUCUCGGGAGCGCAGUGGGUCGCGACCCCGGGGAGGUGGACCCCCCAGGUUCAGAGGGCGGGGCGGCGGCAGUGGUCGAGGAGGUCGGGAAGGUGAAAACUUCGAAGGUCCUGGGCGUGGGGAGAAUACUCGGCGCGGCCGGCUAACCAAUGGGACAACUCCAGCGGUCAGAGGUAGGGGCGGUCGAGGCCGGGGCACCGCCAUGGGGCCACGAACAUUCCAGAGCAGGCAGGCUCCAGGCUUCCCCGACAGCAUCGACACCUGGGGUCCGCCUACUGAUGAUAAGACGACCCUCCAAAACAGUCUCAAGAUUGAUAAUUGGGAUGAUGAACCAGCUGUAACCACAGAUGACUGGGACAGUGAAUGGACUGGAUCUCUGGAGCAGACGACCGUAUUUGGGCCGUCGAGCAGCGCCAGUGCUGCCACCCUCACCCCUUCCCUGUCUGAGGCCCUGGUUGACACUAUUGCUGUUGGGGCAACCUCCACCAGCCCCACUGUGUCCCUCGCUCCGACGCAGGCCUUCGUCUCCUCCCCUCCGCAAGGUUUCCCUCCAGCGACAGCCCCAGCCUCUGCCUCGGCUUACUCUUCCUCACCUUCGUCCUCUGCUGUGGUCUCCACUUUUGCCUCCACGGCUGCCCCAACAUUCUCCUCAGCCACAGCCUCCACUGCUUCCAUCACCCAGCCGCAGACCAUGGACCUGGCCGCACUGCUGCAGAAGGCAGCCCCACAGUCCACCCUGAGUGGGCUGGUGUCCUCCACACCUUUAGGGAGCAGCAACAGCACGAACAACAGUGGUGGUGGAGGCAGCAGGGGAGGAGGAGGUGCACCAUUAGUGUCUCCAGCACCUGGGCUGAGUGUUGGCGGCCAGCACAGCAUCCUCAGUGGCCUCAGCACCAAUGUGGGUGAGAGUCUCAAGGCUGGCACCUUGGUGGGGUCUGUUGGUGUCUCGGCCACGUCGUCACCUCUCCCAUCAUCGUCUGCACCCACCCCUUACUCGGCCCCCACCGUGCAGUUGCCCCCGGCUAUCUUCUCCAGCUCAGGCCUUCAUAGUGUGGUAACGAGCAGCCUGGCAAGCAGUAUUAGCAACAGCAGUAGUGUAUUGAACAAGGGGGUCACCAUACCCACAGUGACCUCCAGCCUUCCUUCACGCCCAAAAACCCAGAGACCUCGGAUACCUCAAGCGUCCAAGAUUCCACUGUCUGCUGUUGAGAUGCCUGAGGAUGCCAUGGCAGCCCUUGACGUGCAGUUCAGUGGCCUGGAGUUUGGAACUGAGACUCUAGACUUCACGGCAGAGGUCAAGACAAGCUCGAGUGGAACAGGCGGUCUUGUCAACACCACGCCAGUGAAUGCCUGUGACCCUGUCUCAUCCACACCCCCGGCCACCAAAGAUCUCACAUCUGCAUCCAUGUCGUCUUCUCUCCCACAGACACAGAAGCUUGGACCUGAGCCCAUUCCAUUCCCCAACUCACAAACAAGUGAACGUAAGCCCACUGGGGGUGCCUUUGUGUCUGGAACCCAGCGAGGCACCAGUGCCACCAACACAGCCACCCCCCAGGGCUUGUCUGACCUGACCAAGAGUGAGACUGCUGGUAAUACAGGUGGUCUUGGAAGCCUAGUGGGGUCUGCUGGUCCAUCUUACCAGUCCUACACAAGCUCCAAGUCUUCCUCCUCCUUCCCAUCCCCACCCUCUGCCCCCUACUCACAGACGCCCUCACAGAACUCGUACACAAGCAGCAAUCAACAGGGGAGCAGUGGGACCAGUAACAGCAACACUACUGGCUUCAGCAGCAGCAGCACUGGCUCAGCAGGAUCAAACAGCAACAGCAGCUCCAGCACCAAUCAAACUGGAGGAGGAUAUGGAUCAAGCUUUUCUGCACAGGCCACUGGUGCAGGCAGCAGUAGCAGUCAGUACCAGAACAGCUACGUGAAUGCCUCUAGUCACUCUCCCCUUGUCUCUAUCUCCACACCCAAACCCUUGGCUGGCCUCUCCACGACACCCUCAGUCAAGGACAACACACAGAGCUAUGGAGAGCAGACAUCGACUGGAGGCUCAGCAUACUCCAGCACCCUGUCCACCAGUGCCCCGGUCAGCAGCAGCACCACCAGCAACAGCACAGGCCCAGCAGCAGCCCUCUCAGCAUCCCUUAACUCAAGCUCCACACACCCGGUCCAACCAUCAAAGCCUUCAGUCCCAGGUAAAGUGAUCAGUGGGCUGAGUGGAGCAGUGCCCCCUGGUGUGCACCACCAGCCACCACAUAUGCACCAGCAUCAGCAGGCACAGCAACAUCAGCCACAACAGGCACAGCAACAUCAACAACAACAGCAGCAACAACAACAGCAGCAGCAACAACAACAGCAGCAGCAACAGCAACAACAGCAAGCUCAGCAGAUGAUGGCUCAACACUCCCAGUAUGUGUCCCCACCUGCAGCAGCCCUACAGGGUGCGCUGCCACCAGCCUUCUACACAGGCCUACAGCAGCCCAUGUAUUCCUUAGAGGACUUCCAACUCCUGCAACAGAGGAUGCCCCAUAUGCAGGCACCCACAAGUCUGGCGACAGGCCGGGACGGGAGCAUGACCUCAGCUGCCUACUCUGUGGCUGAUGCAAAGUUCCGUACGGACCAGAAUUCCUCUCCCGUCCCCUCAACAAUGAAUCAGCAGGGUGCUCAGGCUGGUGGGACCUACAUCACUGCCACAGGAAAUGCGGCAAUGCCCCCAUUCUACAUGUACCACAACAUGGCGGCUGUCCCCAGCACCUUCCCCCAAUACGGUGCACCCACAGCCAUCAUACAGAUUCCUCCUGUCACCAAUACACACACUGGCACAAACACCAACCAGUUCCCGGCUGCAGCCAAGCUCCAAUAUGGCACUGGGAACUACUACGAUAAUCUGUCGCAGACUCAGGACUUCAAGACGGGCUAUGGAUCAGCAACACAGAACCAGAACAAAGGUGCUGGUGCAACCACCGGCUCUGCCACAAACUCGGGCACAGACCUUGGAGGGUACAAGAACCACCUCAGCAAAAUGGGGCGGGUGAGCACAGAUGGGUCCUAUGACAAGCAAGGAUUCCACACUGGGACUCCCCCGCCUUUCAACCUUGCUAGCUCUGGGACAAACCCCAUGACUGCCAAUGCUUACACCCCCAUGUUCAUCCCCACCAUGCCGGCAGCACAGCACCACUCGCCCCUCAUGCAUCACCAGCUCCACCAGGAGGACAUUACCAACUAGGAUGAUGUUGAGGUGUAAGGAGCCAGCAACAGCAUCUCCUGACGGUGGUAGUUCUGGGGGUCAGCGUGCAGGAAGCACAGGUGGACAGAACAAGGGUGGCUCCAAGCCCUCUUAUGGGGGUUCAUAUUGGGGCACCAACUGAGGGGAGGCUGAAGGCUGCACCGCCACCCCUGCCACCUGAGGCUCACCCUGAUGGACAUCCCCGCCUUAGGUCCACAGUGUAAUGUUGUCAAGGGUGACCCAUUACUAUCCACACACACCACGGUGAGUCUGUUGUUGUCUGACCAGCCUCUUAUCUCAUCUGCGGUACAGGUGCCUCAGCAUCCGGAGCAUCAAUUUGUCAAUUAGAUGUGAAAAUGCGCUCACAGAAGUGUUUGAUUUGAAAGAAUGUUUGCUUGGAUGUACAAGGGUCGAAUUGUAGGUGUUUUCAUUAGUGCAAAAUACUAAUUUAUAGGAUUUGCUUUUCUUACUACAUGCAUAAAUGUGUGAGGGAAGCAGGUCCUAACCCUUAGAGGUUAUACUUUAUGUGAAGUCGUCCAAGGUGAUGUAAAAGAAGAUAUUUAGCAUUUGUGGCAAUGGUGUAUUCAGUCUUGCUCUUUUCACUUGUACAUAAACAUAUGCCACUGAAUAAACCAUGGGCGCAGGUCCACACUGGCAUGGUGCAUUUCUCUUGCAACCUCUCACUCCCACUCCUUUUUAUAUUUAAAAAAGUUUUACAAAUUGUAUGUUUGGGUGAUAGGAUUUGGCAAAAGUUAUAGUGAUUGUACACCACUAGAACAGACUUCAUGUAGGCUACAAAUGUAAGACUACAUUCUAUUCUGGAGUUGGUGUUAACAAAUUAAUGGAAACUCACAGAAGUUGAGGGUCUUCUGUAUGAUUUUAGACCACAACUCCUUUGAAUUUGCCUGUCUGAGGUCACCCCAGAAUAGGAUGAUUAUAUGUUCAACUCACUUUAUUUUCUUUCCUUUAUUUUUGACAUUUGUAUCUCUCUAGGUACGACAUAAAUCCAUUCCUGUUAAAGGAAUGCUGUAUCUAUGAUAUGGAAAGUAAGCCUCUUGUUUUGUAAGCUUUUUGUGUAGUGAGAUAUUUCAGUUCCACCAUUAAAAAUAUCUUGAAUCUA